UAUAUGUGUGUGUAUAAACCAUCUCAAAUCUCUUUAAAAACGUACCAUUAUACAAAGACCUAGGACAGAGAAUUUCUGUCAGUAAAAGAAAUGGCAGAUCAACAGAUGAGACCAGUGGCGUCUUUCCUUCUGCUGCUGAAUUUCUGCAUGUACGCCAUUGUUCUUGGAAUCGGAGGAUGGGCCAUUAACAAAGCCAUCAACCAUGGCUUCGUCAUCGGUGCGGAUUUCAGCCUUCCUGCCCAUUUUUCGCCGAUACAUUUCCCGAUGGGGAAUGAGGCCACCGGAUUCUUCGUGACGUUCGCAUUGAUCGCCGGAGUCGCCGGAGCUGCGUCGGUUAUCUCCGGCGUCAACCACCUACGUUCUUGGACUCCGGCGAGUCUUCCGGCGGCCUCCACCGCCGCAAUCAUUGCUUGGUCACUCACCCUCCUCGCCAUGGGAUUUGGCUGCAAGGAAAUUGAACUCGAGAUAAGGAAUGCUCGACUGAGGACGAUGGAGGCAUUUCUGAUCAUACUCUCCGCAACACAACUUGCAUAUAUAGCCGCCAUUUAUGGAGCUCGAACAUGAAAAAUACGACUGCUUCUAAAAUUUGUUUGAUUGCAGAGAAAAAGAUGAUCGUUAAUUUGGUGUGCCAUAUUAUUUCUUUUUUUUUUGUCUUUUAUUUUCUCCUUCUUCUUCUCCCUAACUUAUAUAUUAUGUGUGUGUUGUGUGGUUUGGAUUUUGAUUGAUUGGACUUGUACUUAAAAAAAAUAAUAAUAUAUAUUUGUGAAAGAGAGAAAGUUUUAUGUA